AUGGGGAAGAAGAGCAACGAAGACGCGGUGAUCAUCGUCACCAUGGACGCCAACAAGUUUGCCACCGACUUCCACAAGUGUCUAGUCGACACGAGCUUGGGGACGUGCGUGGUAUCAGCCGCGAGCGCGUACAUGGUGCUGGCGAUGGCCGCUUGCGGGGCCGACGGAUCCACGGCUCGGGAGAUGCGCGAGGCUCUGCACCUGCCUGACGACCUCGCUCGGAUCUUCCGGGGAUUCCAGGAAUUUGUCGAUACAAUCAAUGGUACACCAAAAGUCACCCUUAACGUUGCCAACAAGAUCUUUGCCACUUACAAAGUCAAAAAGUCUUUCAAGAAAAUCACUGGCACGUAUUUUCGAGAAGAGAGCGAAGAAUUAGACUUAAAGAGCUGUGCCAAGUCCGCGAAGAAAGUCAACGAUUGGUGCAAAAAGAAAACAAACGGACAAAUUCAGAAGAUGGUUAACUCAGAUGACAUGGCUGGACCUUACAAGAUAAUGCUUCUGAACGCUGUUUAUUUUAGAGGUGACUGGAAACACAAAUUCGAUCCAAAAUUAACGAAACAAGAUGCUUUCCACCUUGAUAAAACGAGCACCGUUAAAGUUCCCAUGAUGCGUACAACGGGGAGCUUUUAUUUUGCGGAAUUAAACGAAGUCGAUGCCAAAGUUGUUGCUCUGCCGUACGCGAUAACCGUUGACUUGUUUCAGAAUGACGAUUUGUACAUGGUGCUCAUAGUACCCAACGAGAUCGAUGGUUUGGCUGAAAUUGAGAAAAAUCUUGAUAAAAUCAAACUGGAGCAUCGGAAUUUCGAACACGGUCGGAGCGUGGACCUAUCGUUGCCAAAGUUCGAGAUCACGUCGGUGCAUGAUUUAAAAUUUUACUUGGUCAAGCUAGGAAUGAAGGAGUUGUUUGAAAAGGGGGCAAGUUUCAAAGGGAUCUGUGAUGACAAUGUUUGCGCUUCCGUGGCGAUGCAAAAAGUUUUUAUCAAAGUUGAUGAAGGAGACAGUGGAAAAGGAGUAGUUUCAGGAAACAAAUCUAAAAUCGACUCGAUGACACCAGAUCCAAUAGCAUUUAAAGUGGAUAGACCUUUUUUGUUUGAAAUCGUUGACGUCAAAAGAAAAAUUACCCUGUUCUUUGCACGAGUCGUUCGUUAA